AUGCUGUCUGCCCACUUUGCCUCUGUCUCGGCAUUCCCGAGUCAUUCCUGGCAAGGGGCGGCAGGUCUACGGGGAAUCCGCGGGUGCUGCCGCGCGGUCUGGUCCAGACCCACCAAGAAAGCGAGGUGCCACUCCCGUUUCCGUGGGUCAAGCGCAUGGAAUUCGAUGUUUUGUAAGACUGCCGGGCCACCAUCGACACUGGAGUGCAACAAAGCAGCGAGCUCUUGUGCCAAGAGCAGGAGAUGGCAGCUAUCCUUGUACCUCUUCCAGAACAUGGAGUCAAGAAGCGUCGCGAGGGAUGUUGUGAGCUUCAACACCGCCAUCAGUGCUGCGAUUCAGGGAGGUAACUGGAGGCUGGCUGCACAGAUAUUUGCGAGCAUCUCAGAAUGUGCCGUGGUUCCAGAUACCAUCAGCUACAACACCACACUCAGUGCGUUUCAAGUGGAAAUGCAUUGGGAUGUGGCUUUGCAGUUUCUCGGUGGGAUGCAAGAGCAGGUCGUCCUGCCAUCCGUAACGGGGCUCAAUACCACCAUGAGCAUCGCGGAGAGAAGCAGACGAUGGCAACUGGCCAUAGUGGUGUUCACGAGCAUAGCUGCUGCGAGAAAGAGCCCUGAUGUCAUCAGCUACAACACAGUGGUCAAUGCUUGUGCCAGAAGGGGCCACUGGAAGGCAGCCAUGCACUUGCACGAGAUGAUGCUGACAGAGAUGAUCCAACCUGACGUCAUCAGCUUCAACACCACAAUGAGGGCCUGCAACAUGGGGAGGGAGUGGCAGGCCGCGCUAAACCUGUUGUCCACGCUCCCUCGCUUUCGGCUCACCCCAACCACCAUUACAUACAACACCGCCCUCUGUGCAUACGAUGUUGGGCAGCAGUGGCAGCGGGCAAUUGGGCUCUUCGACUAUAUGACCAGGAUGUCCAUCGCCUUAGCAGACAGUUGCAAUGCUGCCAUGAGCGCCGGUAAGACGGCCAGCGCCUGGGCAUCCGCUGUGCAGCUGCUGGCCGACAUGCCGAGCAAGGCCAUUCAGCCAGACAGGAUCAGCUUCAACACCGCAAUCAGUGCAUGUGAGCAAGGAAGCGAUUGGCUCAUGGCUCUCGCACUCCUCCUC